AGUAUCAAUCGAAAAUCUUCUCAGUGGUUCUCGUGUUUCGAUUUUGUGCGUUCAUAGUGCGGUGUGAGUCGCAUCUUUAACGUUAGUGUGAAUACAAAUUAUUGCACAUCGAUUUGUGAAGAAGGAACGAACCGGCCGAUCAAAUGGGCGAGAACGAUAAGUCAGUCAAGUGCGAGAACGCCGAGGAAGAAGGCUACGAGAUGUUCGAGCAAGAUUUGCAGGAGGACGCACAAUGGAAACGAAUACAGCAGAAUACGUUCACGAGAUGGGCGAACGAAAAGCUGAAGGCGGCGAACAAACACAUCGAUGAUCUCGAGAGUGAUUUGUCGGACGGGCUUCGAUUGAUUUCUUUGAUCGAGGUGCUCACACAGAAGAAACUUCCGAAACACAGUCAACGGCCCACUUUCAGAUCGCAGAAGCUGGAAAAUGUGUCGGUGGCGUUAAAAUUUUUGGACGACGAGGGAAUCAGGAUCGUUAAUAUCGGUGAGUGAUAGUUUAUUUCUCGUGAUA